GGGUAAAAAAAUCCCUUCCACCACAAACCAUACCCUAACCCUAGCUCCAGCCCCGUCCGCCCUCGUCUCCCGUGACCCUCCUGCCUCUCCUGCCGCCAGCCUCCAUCCUUCCCUUCCCCUCACCAGAUCUCCGGUGCUCCUCCAUGGCAGGCACCUGUGCUCCCCUCUCCACCUCUCCCAUCAGCCUCCAUCCCUUCGAGCCACAAUACCUUAUGGCCCCGUUCAUUGCGGCAGGCCCCAAGCCCCGGCGACCCCAACUCCGUGCCCCCGCGCCCUGGCCUCGCCCCCUUCGAUUCGCCGCAGAUCGCGACCAUGGGAACCCGCAGGCUCGCGCUGGCGCUCCUCGCCGCGGCGCUGCUGCUGCAAACCCUCCUCGUCGCGGUGCUGCUGCUGCAAACCCUCCUCGCGGGGGUGUCCGAGGCGGAGGGCCUAGUGCGGAUCGCGCUCAAGAAACGCCCCAUCGACCAGAACAGUCGCGUCGCCACGGGCCUCUCCCGCAGCGAGGAGCAGCCCCUCCUCAUCGGCGUCAACACCCUCGGCUCCGAGGAUGAGGGCGACAUCGUGUCCCUCAGGAACUACAUGAACGCACAUUACUUUCAGGAGAUCGGCAUCGGCACGCCGCCGCAGAAGUUCACUGUCAUCUUCGACAACGGCAGCUCCAACCUUUGUUUUCAGGAUUAUUAGGAUUUGGUUGUCCGUGGUGCGGGGGAUUUGACUUUCUUGUGUGUGUGUGGUGCUUUGUUGGUGCAGAUUGCGUGCUACCUCCACUCACGCUACAAGGCUGGGGCGUCCAGCACCUACAAGAAGAAUGGAACGUAAGAGACUGUCUUUUAGAUCAGUGUAGGGACGUAUGGCUCCGGACUUUAAUUUGGAGGUCAGUAUUUUUUUACACCAAUCUGCUCACUGGUAUAUAUGGGGACGUAGGAGUCUGUCUAGAUGAAUGUAGGGACGUAUAGCUGUUUCCAGAUUUUAACUUGGGAUCAACUCAGGAGGAUGACCGUCCAAUCCGUAUCAGGAGAAAAUUAGUACCUUAAUUCAUAUACGUAUAUGCAGUAGUUUUAAUUUUCCCUUACAAUACACGUACAUGCAGCAGGGGACUACUUUUUAAAAGGCAUGUACAUGCAAAGAUUUUUUUUUUAAUUUUAAAGAUUGCCAGUAGGACGUGACUGCUACAUGUUUUUCUAGACAUAUACGAUUCGGAUGCCUGUAGUAUUUGCUUUGACGUGUAGUACUUGUCUAUCUUAUAUUUUUACGUGUGUAGUACUUGCAUAAUUUUUCUAGGCGUGUAGAAUUAGGAUGUCUAUCUUAUUUUUUUACGUGUGUAGUACUUGCAUAAUAGAUGUUUCAUGCAAGCUGCGAUUCUAAUUUUGCUACUACAGAUUCUUAUUUUAUUUUAUGGGUACAUGAUUCUUAUUUUGUUACUACAUAUCCUGACAUGUUGUGCUUCUAAAACUAGUACAAUUAUCUUGCUACUACAGAUUCUUAUUUUAUUUUAUGGGUACAUGAGGCCACUAUUAAUGUUGGGUACUAGUUUACUAGUGGCGUAACUCUUAUGUAUUGAUGGCAGCAAGAAUAUUUAUGUUAACAAUUCUUUAGUGCCUGACGAAUAGUUUCCUUGUUCCGAAAGCCUUAUCAUCAUUUUUUUCUUGCAGGUGGCAAUGGCAAGAGCAUAUUGUGCAGAGGAAGAGGAUGAGAAGAAACUUGUAGUUCUCAUCCAAUCUUUGUGCAACUUUCUUUAUGUGUAAUUGUGCAUUUGUUGGGUCCUUUUUAUGUGCACUUGCAGAAGUAUUGUGUUGUGUACAUGUAAAAUUAUUUUGAUGUGCCCUUGUUAGGCGUUGAACCUUAA